AGCGACCCCAGCUGAUGGGUCACCAGCAGUUUGGGUGUUGUAAUUCUUAUGCGUUCAUUAAAACAUCAUUUCUUAGCGAUGUUAUCUGUUGUGCGGCCCAAAAGCGCCGAUAAAGAUAUCACAGUUUAAGAGUGAGGAUUCGAUCAACUGCGGAUCUAAUGACAAGUUCUCAGAUGAAGGGGGAUGUUCUGCAGCAUACCGAUUCUGCAGGAUUUCCAGAGGACAUAGAAUCGCCUUUUGACCUUUGCCCUAAGACUUGCAGCGGUCAGAUCUCCGAAAAUGAAUUUUCUUGUCACUGUUGUUACGACAUCCUUGUCAACCCCACGACGCUUAACUGCGGACACAGUUUCUGUCGGCACUGCCUUGCCCUUUGGUGGGAGUCUUCUAGGAAGAAUGAAUGUCCAGAAUGUAGGGAGAAGUGGGAAGGUUUUCCGAAAGUCAACAUUUUGCUGAGGGAUGCUGCUGAUAAAUUGUUUUCCGAUGUGGUUAAGAAGAGGAGAGAAGAUAUCCAGAAUAACCCCAGUAUAACUCGAAGCCUCAUAGCCUUUCAGAGGUAUGGGGAUGAGCAGGCCUCCAGAGGUGUGACGCUGAGUGCCCAGAGAAGAGGACCAGGAGGAGGAGGAGGAGGGGGAGGCAGCGGCUUCUUCUCCGGGGUCCUUACUGCGCUCACAUGUGUAGCUGUAAUGCUGCUUGUAUACCACUGGAGCAGCCGAGAUGCAGAGCACGAUCUCUUAGUUCAUAAGCCUGUAACAAAGUGGACUGCAACAGAGGUUAUCUCUUGGCUGGACCACUUAGGACCGUGGACCUCUCUUUAUAAAGAAAACUUUCUAAAAGAGCAGGUCAAUGGCAGGCUCCUGAUUAUGCUGGGAGACGAAGAGCUUUCGAAGCAGCCGUACAGCAUUGAGAAUCAAACCCAUCGCAAGGCUAUCCUGGCUGAGCUGGAGCGUGUGAAAUCCCUUGGAGUGAAGCCACCCCAGAACCUCUGGGAAUAUAAGGCAGUGAACGCGGGCAAGUCCUUGUUCCUGCUGUAUGCCCUGAAGAGUUCCCCACGCCUCACCAUUCUUUAUCUCUACCUGUUUGACUAUGCUGAAACAUUUCUGCCUUUCAUACACACCUGCUGUCCGGCACAGAGAGCAGAGCCAGAGGAGGUUUUCGUGACCAAAUUCUAUUAUGAAGAUCCCAGCUGGAAGCAGUGGACAGAAUUUUUGGUGAAGUACCUCCUCCUGCCAUAUCAACUGAUUGCAGAGUUUGCCUGGGACUGGCUGGGCGUUCACUACUGGACAUCACGCUUCAUUAUCGUCAAUGCCAUGCUUCUGUCCGUGCUGGAAGGUUGCGCGGUAUGGAGGCUGUGGGUUCGAUCAGAGCUGAGGACUCUACCCCAGAAAAUUUGGAGCCAUUUGUGGAAAGUAUCUGCACAGGGGUUUGCUGUGGCCAUUUUUUGGCCAGUUAUUCCUCAGUUUGCCUGCAACUGUUUGUUUUAUUGGGCCUUAUACUUUAACCCAAUUAUUAACAUUGACCUUGUUGUUCAGCAAGUGCUUCGUCCAGAAACUCAGGUGCCAUAAGAAAAUUUAAAUGCUGCUGCACAGGGCUAUCGUAGUAGAAGAGGGCAGACCUAUGAACAUGAGAUCUUGAAACUGCAAAUGUGAUAUUUUUACCAGUGGUACGUUAUCAGAAAACAAGGAAUUUAACACAGGAUAAGAAUUUUAUCAAUAUGCUUCAAACUAUAAUGGAACAUGACAGCUUUAAAAAA